UUUUUCUUAACACUUUUGCCUGUGUCAUUUGUUCACGUAGAAAUCAAUAUGUUUUCCUCGUUUUAAAUCAAAUAAAUAAAUUGGAAAGAAGAUAAAUAUCAGUUGAAAUAAAAUUUUAAAAUUAAAACAAAACAAUAAAAGGAUUUUUCCUUUAACUUAUUGUUUUUGUGAGUGUCCAUGAGGAAAUAAAAAAGAAUAAAUAAAUUUAUACGUCAAAUUUUGUUGCGCAUAAAUAUUAAAAAAUCUAUUAAUUGCUUGAAAAAGAGUCGCGAGGAAUUGGAAAAAAAAUUGAAUAAAAGGAAAAAAAAAAAAGUUUGAAAACCUUAUAACAAAAGGGCAGCAAAGGAAGAACCAGGAGAGAUUAAUCAAAGUGUAGUGUGUAGUGUUGUCAUUCAACCGUUGCAAUAACAACGACAAUAAUAAUAAUCAUAAUUUAACCAACCAUCGUACAGUGUUGCAUUUUGAUUAUAGGUGCACAAAAUGACUCAAAUAUUACCCAUACGCUUUCAAGAGCAUUUACAGCUCACAAAUGUCGGUAUUAACAUUAAUUCAAUAUCGUUCAGCACUCUUACCAUGGAGUCUGAUAAAUUCAUUUGUGUGCGCGAGAAGGUCAAUGAUACCGCCCAGGUAGUUAUUAUUGAUAUGAAUGAUACCAGCAAUCCGACGAGACGCCCAAUAUCUGCCGAUUCGGCUAUAAUGAAUCCAGCUAGCAAAGUUAUUGCUCUCAAAGCUCAAAAAACUUUGCAAAUUUUCAAUAUUGAAAUGAAAUCGAAAAUGAAAGCUCAUACGAUGAGCGAGGACGUUGUCUUUUGGAAAUGGAUAUCCCUGAACACGUUGGCUUUAGUGACAGAAACUUCAGUAUAUCAUUGGUCAAUGGAAGGUGAUUCAACGCCGGUGAAAAUGUUCGAUAGACACUCAUCAUUGAAUGGUUGCCAAAUUAUUAAUUACCGCUGCAAUCCGAAUCAACAAUGGUUACUGUUGGUUGGCAUUUCAGCUUUACCGAAUCGUGUGGCCGGCGCUAUGCAAUUGUAUUCGGUAGAACGUAAAGUAUCGCAAGCUAUUGAAGGUCACGCCGCUGCCUUUGCUUCGUUCAAAAUGGAGGGUAACAAAGAACCGUCGACGCUUUUUUGUUUUGCUGUACGCACUGCUACCGGCGGUAAAUUGCAUAUUAUCGAAGUGGGAACAUCACCGACCGGUAAUAUACCGUUUGUAAAGAAAUCCGUAGACGUUUUCUUUCCGCCAGAAGCUCAAAGCGAUUUCCCGGUUGCUAUGCAAGUUUCCUCCAAAUAUGACACAAUUUAUUUAAUCACCAAAUAUGGUUACAUUCAUCUAUACGAUAUGGAAACGGGCACUUGCAUUUAUAUGAAUCGCAUAUCAGCCGAUACGAUUUUCGUGACCGCUCCCCAUGAAUCUAGCGGCGGCAUAAUUGGGGUAAAUAGAAAAGGUCAAGUGCUAUCGGUAACAGUAGAUGAGGAACAAAUUAUUCCAUAUAUUAAUACCGUUCUACAAAAUCCCGAUUUGGCUUUACGUAUGGCAGUACGUAAUAAUUUAUCUGGUGCGGAAGAAUUGUUUGUGCGCAAAUUCAACAAAUUGUUCAUGGCCGGUCAAUAUGCUGAAGCUGCGAAAGUGGCCGCGUUGGCGCCUAAGGGCAUUUUGCGUACUCCACAAACUAUUCAACGUUUUCAACAAGUGCAGACACCUGCGGGAUCUUCGACACCGCCAUUGUUACAAUACUUUGGCAUACUCUUAGAUCAGGGUAAAUUGAAUAAAUUCGAAAGUUUGGAAUUGUGUCGACCGGUGUUAUUGCAAGGUAAGAAGCAGUUAUGCGAGAAAUGGUUAAAAGAAGAGAAAUUGGAAUGUAGCGAAGAAUUGGGAGAUCUGGUAAAAACAUCCGAUCUUACAUUGGCCUUGUCAAUUUAUUUGAGAGCCAACGUACCGAAUAAGGUUAUUCAAUGCUUUGCGGAGACUGGGCAGUUUCAGAAAAUUGUAUUAUACGCUAAAAAAGUCAACUAUACACCAGAUUACAUAUUUUUGUUAAGAUCGGUAAUGCGUACUAAUCCUGAACAGGGAGCCAGUUUUGCUUCAAUGCUAGUGGCUGAAGAAGAACCAUUAGCGGAUAUUAAUCAAAUCGUUGAUAUUUUCAUGGAACAUUCCAUGGUCCAGCAGUGCACUGCAUUCCUUCUAGACGCCCUAAAGCACAAUCGCCCGAACGAAGGAGCUCUGCAAACUCGUUUACUCGAAAUGAAUCUAAUUUCAGCUCCCCAAGUUGCUGAUGCUAUAUUAGGUAACGCUAUGUUUACUCAUUACGAUCGCGCUCACAUCGCCCAAUUAUGUGAGAAGGCUGGCUUACUUCAACGUGCUCUCGAACACUAUACUGAUUUGUAUGAUAUCAAGCGGGCCGUGGUACAUACUCAUCUCCUGAAUGCCGAUUGGCUGGUGGGAUUCUUUGGUACUUUAUCAGUCGAGGAUUCUCUAGAAUGCUUGAAGGCAAUGCUUACGGCAAAUAUACGUCAGAAUUUACAAAUUUGUGUACAAAUCGCUACCAAAUAUCACGAACAAUUAACUACCAAAGCCUUGAUCGAUCUCUUCGAGAGUUUUAAGUCAUACGAAGGUCUAUUCUACUUCUUAGGUUCUAUUGUCAACUAUUCGCAGGAUCCUGAAGUUCACUUCAAGUAUAUCCAGGCAGCAUGUAAAAGCAGCCAAAUCAAAGAAGUAGAGCGCAUAUGUCGCGAAUCAAAUUGCUACAACCCGGAGAGAGUUAAAAAUUUUCUAAAGGAAGCCAAAUUAACUGAUCAAUUGCCCUUGAUUAUUGUCUGCGAUAGAUUCGAUUUUGUCCAUGAUUUAGUCUUAUAUUUGUAUCGUAACAAUUUGCAAAAAUAUAUUGAGAUUUAUGUACAAAAAGUUAAUCCCUCACGUUUACCGGUGGUUGUGGGUGGUUUACUGGAUGUCGAUUGCUCGGAGGAUAUUAUUAAGAACUUGAUUUUAGUGGUGAAGGGACAAUUUUCAACGGAUGAGCUGGUUGAGGAAGUGGAAAAACGGAAUCGUUUAAAGCUCUUGCUACCAUGGUUGGAAUCACGUGUCCAUGAGGGCUGUAUUGAGCCAGCCACUCAUAACGCUCUGGCGAAAAUUUACAUUGACUCGAAUAACAAUCCAGAACGUUUCCUUAAAGAGAACCAAUAUUACGAUAGUCGUGUUGUAGGUCGUUAUUGUGAGAAACGUGAUCCACAUUUGGCUUGUGUGGCUUAUGAAAGAGGUCAGUGCGAUCGUGAGCUAAUAGCCGUUUGCAAUGAAAAUUCAUUGUUUAAAAGUGAAGCUCGUUACCUGGUAAGAAGACGUGAUCCCGAAUUAUGGGCUGAAGUUCUCUCUGAAGCUAAUCCUUACAAACGUCAACUCAUUGAUCAAGUGGUACAAACCGCCCUAUCAGAGACCCAAGAUCCCGAUGAUAUCUCAGUAACGGUUAAGGCCUUUAUGACUGCUGAUUUACCCAACGAGCUUAUUGAGUUGUUGGAGAAAAUCAUUUUAGAUUCAUCAGUCUUUUCGGAUCAUCGUAAUUUGCAAAAUCUUUUGAUAUUGACAGCCAUUAAAGCUGAUCGCACAAGGGUAAUGGAUUAUAUCAAUCGUCUGGACAAUUAUGAUGCCCCUGACAUAGCAAAUAUAGCCAUUUCGAACCAAUUAUAUGAAGAGGCUUUUGCAAUUUUUAAGAAAUUUGACGUCAACACUUCAGCCAUACAAGUGCUUAUCGAACAAGUCAAUAAUUUGGAGCGGGCUUAUGAAUUUGCCGAGCGUUGCAAUGAGCCGGCCGUUUGGUCGCAAUUGGCUAAAGCACAAUUGGAAAAGGGUUUGGUUAAAGAGGCCAUCGAUUCGUAUAUUAAGGCCGACGAUCCCAGCGCCUAUAUGGAUGUGGUCAGUGUUGCUUCCCAAGCCGAUUCUUGGGAGGAUUUAGUGCGUUAUCUACAAAUGGCUCGCAAGAAGGCUCGUGAGUCUUAUAUUGAAAGUGAAUUAAUUUAUGCCUAUGCUCGGACUGGUCGUUUAGCUGAUCUCGAAGAAUUUAUUUCUGGUCCUAAUCAUGCAGACAUACAAAAAAUUGGAGAUCGUUGCUUCAACGAUGGCAUGUACGAUGCCGCUAAAUUGUUAUACAAUAAUGUUAGCAACUUUGCCCGUUUGGCCAUUACGUUGGUGUAUUUGAAAGAAUUCCAAGGUGCUGUAGAUUCGGCUCGGAAAGCUAAUUCGACUCGCACUUGGAAGGAGGUGUGUUUUGCCUGUGUCGAUGCCGAGGAAUUUCGUUUGGCUCAGAUGUGCGGUUUACACAUUGUGGUGCAUGCCGAUGAAUUGGAAGAUCUGAUCAACUAUUAUCAGGAUCGCGGCUAUUUUGAAGAGCUCAUUGCUUUACUAGAAUCCGCUUUAGGCUUGGAACGCGCUCACAUGGGCAUGUUUACUGAACUGGCCAUUCUUUAUUCGAAAUUCAAGCCUUCUAAAAUGCGGGAGCACCUUGAGCUGUUUUGGUCCCGUGUCAAUAUACCGAAGGUGUUGCGAGCUGCCGAAUCAGCUCAUCUCUGGUCAGAGUUGGUGUUCCUUUAUGAUAAGUACGAGGAGUACGAUAACGCUGUACUGGCUAUGAUGGCUCAUCCCACCGAAGCCUGGCGUGAGGGUCACUUCAAAGAUAUUAUCACAAAGGUCGCCAACAUUGAACUCUACUACAAAGCGAUACAAUUCUAUUUAGAUUAUAAGCCCUUGUUGCUCAACGAUAUCUUAUUAGUACUAGCACCGCGCAUGGAUCACACUCGAGCUGUCGGCUUCUUUGCAAAAACAGGUCAUUUGGCAUUAGUUAAACCAUAUUUACGAUCCGUGCAAUCACUGAAUAAUAAAGCCAUUAAUGAAGCUCUGAAUGGUUUGUUAAUUGAAGAAGAAGAUUAUCAAGGAUUACGCAAUUCUAUAGAUGGCUUUGAUAAUUUCGAUACUAUUGCCUUGGCACAGAAAUUGGAGAAACAUGAAUUAACUGAAUUUCGGCGGAUUGCUGCCUAUUUGUAUAAAGGCAACAAUCGUUGGAAGCAAAGUGUGGAGCUAUGCAAAAAAGAUCGCUUAUAUAAAGAUGCAAUGGAAUAUGCCGCCGAAUCUGGUAAACAAGAGAUUGCCGAAGAGUUGUUGGCAUGGUUUUUGGAGCGUAAUGCCUACGAUUGCUUUGCCGCUUGUUUAUUUCAGUGCUACGAUUUGUUGCGACCUGAUGUUAUAUUGGAAUUGGCUUGGAAACACAAUAUUAUGGACUUUGCCAUGCCUUAUAUGAUACAAGUUAUACGCGAAUACACCAGCAAAGUGGAUAAACUUGAACAGAAUGAAGCCAGACGGGAGAAAGAAGAUGAAACGGUCGAACAUAAGAAUAUUAUAACCAUGGAACCACAGCUUAUGAUAACAGCGGGGCCUGCCAUGGGUAUACCGCCACAGUAUGCUCAAAAUUAUGCGGCUGCAGCCGCUGCUGCUGCAGCAGCUUCCGCAACACCCGUUUAUGCGCCAAAUAUAACCGCCGCCUAUCCUGGUUACGGCACUAUGUAGGCUUCGUUCAAAACUGUUUCUUUACAACUACUCUACUACUUCUAAGAUAAUGAUAAUAAGAAUUUCAACAACAAAAAUCAACAAUAGCAACAACAACAACAACAACAACUACAACUAAUACA